AUGCGUGUCAGUCGGCGAUUCACCAUACUUGCCAUCACGGCGAUGAUCUUCUUAUCAUUAAUCAUAUGUAUCUAUGCCGUUGCAGCUCACACGACGGUUAAUGUUAUUUUACAAAAACAAGAAAGGUCAUACGGAGUAAUUUGCGAUGCUGGGUCAACGGGAACACGGUUAUUCGUUUACAAUUGGGUCAGCACUUCAGAUUCCGAGCUGAUACAAAUCGAGCCUGUGAUUUAUGAUAAUAAGCCAGUUAUGAAAAAGAUUAGUCCGGGAUUGAGUACAUUCGGAACGAAACCUGACGAAGCGGCGGAAUACCUCAGGCCACUGAUGGAGCUCGCCGAGCUACACAUUCCAGAAGAAAAACGACCCUACACACCGGUUUUCAUUUUUGCCACCGCUGGUAUGAGACUGAUUCCCGAUGAGCAGAAGGAGGCAGUUCUAACAAAUCUCCGAACAGAACUUCCCAAGAUUACAUCAAUGCAAGUCCUAAAAGAACACAUUAGGAUCAUCGAGGGAAAAUGGGAAGGCAUUUACAGCUGGAUAGCGGUCAACUACGCUUUGGGAAAGUUCAACCGAACUUUCACACCAGACUUCCCAGGAACGUCUCCAGGACAGCAAAGAUCUAAAACCGUGGGAAUGAUUGAUAUGGGUGGAGCUAGUGCACAAAUCGCUUUUGAAUUGCCGGAUAACGACGAUUUCAAUAGUAUUAAUGUGGAAAAUAUCAAUCUUGGGUGCAGGGAGGAUGAUUCUUUGUUCAGGUACAAGCUAUUCGUGACCACUUUCUUAGGAUAUGGUGUUAAUGAAGGCAUCAGAAAGUACGAAAAAACAUUGAUGGCAAAGCUGAAGGACCAGAAUGGUACAGUAAUACAAGAUGAUUGCAUGCCCUUGAACCUUCAUAAGACAGUCACAAUGGAGAAUGGUGACAAUUUUGUGAGAAGAGGUACUGGUAACUGGGAUACCUGUGCUGCUGAAGUGAAGAAACUUCUUAACCCUGAAACGUCGUCAGAAGUUUGCAAAGCAGAGGUUGCGAAAUGCUACUUUGGAGCCGUUCCAGCACCUAACAUUCCUCUUUCAAAUGUCGAGAUGUAUGGAUUCUCAGAGUAUUGGUAUUCAACACACGAUGUUCUUGGACUGGGAGGUCAAUAUAAUGCAGAGAACAUUGCUAAGAAGUCUGAACAGUAUUGUGGUCAGAGAUGGUCCACUAUUCAGGCAGCGUCAAAGAAGAACUUGUACCCUCGGGCCGAUGAGGAGCGAUUGAAGACUCAGUGCUUCAAAUCAGCAUGGAUCACUUCCGUUCUCCAUGAUGGAUUCUCAGUGGACAAGACGCAUAACAAGUUCCAGAGUGUCUCCACAAUUGCGGGUCAAGAAGUCCAGUGGGCUCUUGGAGCAAUGAUCUAUCACAUGCGCUUCUUCCCGUUACGAGACUCGACUCGAAAUUUAAUUGUCAAAGAAACUCACUCUGCUUCUGAGAGCCUAUGGGCCCCUCUAUUCUUCCUAUCCGCUGUCUUCUGCCUAUUCGUCCUGGUUUGCGCCAAGGAGCACUCGUUGCUUUGUUUCGAUGACAAACGACGCGCUUCAUUCGGGUUGACACGUAGGCAAUACUCGUAUAAAAUGCUCAAGGAGGAUCGCACAUCAUCGUCGGCGUUUUUGGAGAACUUUGCCUAG